GUCUCCGGCGCCGCCCCUGGCGCGCUCCGCGCGCCAGGGAGGGGGGUCCAGCGCAGAUCCAAGACAUCCGCGCGGAGCGCCAUAUGUUUGUGGCAUGUGUUCGUCUUCUGAGGCUACUGCCAAGGGCUCAACUUUGUGGCAGCCGCCCUGGUUGGGGUGCUCGACGAGGCCUCCGCCUUUGUCGUCUUCUCCGGGCUGGUGUCGCGCCUGCCGCGCGACUUCUACAGCAGGAGCCCGGACCGGCUCUUCGCCUGCCGCUACGGCCUGCAGGAGAAGGUGCGCGCCGUGCUGGCGAGGGAGCUUCCCAGGCUGGCGCAGAGAGUCGAGGAGCUCGCGCUGGACCUGAACCUGUUCCUGCCGAAGUGGCUCUCGGUCCUGUUCGCCUCCGUCCUCCCCCUGCCAGUGGCCUUCCGGCUCUGGGACCACGUCCUCGGCACCCUCGGCGGCGGCGGCGACACGCUGCUAUGCCUGGCCCUGGCGCUGCUGCAGCGCGCGGAGGCGGCGGUGCUCGAGGCCGCCGACCUCGAGGACGCGCUGGAAGCGCUGAGCCGAGUGGUCGAGGGUGUCUCGGAGAGCGACGUGGACUGCAUGCUGCUCAGGGACUGGCCCGUCUCUCGGCUUCACGGCUCGCCUGGCCGGCCCGCGGAGCCAACGAAGGACGGCAGCGUGUGCGGCGACUGUGUGAGCGACCAGUCUGCAGGCACUGAGAAUGUCUCGACCGCCUUGGGCUCGUCGUUCCACGCGGAUGCCUCCCUUCAGUAGAGCUGGCACGGGCAUCAGUGUAGACCACUUUUUUCAGGCUCGCUGCUUCUCUCUGCUUGUUGUGCUAGCUUUUGCCGCAAU